AAAUCCAUAAAAUUCUAUCAGUUUGCUAAAACCGUGUUUAACAUCAACAUCAUGAAGUUUUUCUUAUGUUUUGGAUUAAUCUUAACUUUGGCCUGUGUGACAUUGGCCAAUCAACCCGUCAAAUGGGGUAAGGGUAAGGGCGAUAAGUUGUUAUAUCGUAUAGAUGUGGAACGUGCUGCCAUCCAAGGUUUUGCUCAUGAUAUUUAUGUAGACUCUCCCAGAGAUGAAGAAAAUGGUACUAAUGAGGAAAUUGUGGAUAUUUGGGUUUAUGAUAAAAACCCCAGUUCGCAAAAAACUCUACCAGUGUUUGCCUAUAGUGUAGACAAGGAUUUGAGUGAACGUGUGGAAGCGAUCACUGUUAUUUUGAGAGGUCAACCUUCAAGCGCUAUUAAUUCGACUGUGGAAUUUUAUGGUAAAAAAUAAAAAUGAGAGGACAGCUGUAGCAGAAAUUAUUAAAAAUGCUGUACUAAAAAUUCUAUUUAAUCUAAAAGUGUAUUCUUAAAAAGUACUAAAUUUAAUUGUAAUUUGUUUAUAAAUUCAAUUAAUAUUAAAUAAAUUAAAAUAUAUUUCAUUA